AUGGCGAGCUCCGUCUUCUACUUCGGAGAGAUCGGAGUAAACGACUACAUCUUCGCGCUAUUCAGCAACCGCACAGCCGAGUUCGCGGCGAGCUUGGUGCCGGACAUCGUCGGCGUCACCCGCUCGGCGCUGAACGCCGUGAUCGCCGCCGGUGCGAGGACGGUGCUGGUGACGGGGAUGAUCCCGCUGGGGUGCGAGCCGGAGCUGCUCGCCCUCUUCCCCGGCGACGCGCACGGGGAGUCCGGCUGCAUCACGGGCUUCAACGAGGUCGCUCAGCUGCACAACCGCGCGCUGAACCGCAUGCUCCGCGAGCUCCGGCGGAGCCACCCCGGCACCACCCUCUUCUACGCCGACACCUACAGCCCCAUCGCCAACCUCGUCGCCUCGCCCGGCAAAUACGGUUUCGGCGACAGGCCGUUGGCCGCGUUCUGCGGCGGCGGCGCUGGGCCGUACCACUUCGACAUGGCGGCGUUCUGCGGCACGCCGGACUCGACGGGGAGCUCUGACCCGUCCGAGUUCCUCUCGUGGGACGGCAUCCACUUCACCGACGCUGCCAACAGGUUCAUCGCCCAGGCGCUGCUCAGAGGAUUGUAUAACGCGUCGGCGAUGGCAGAGCCGCAAACUGCACUGCUCUGA